AUGAGUAAUAAUAACACGCUAUACCUCAAGGAAUGGGACCCAGAAACCCUGAGUCCCAAGACCAACCCGUCCGACCCCAAUGCCAAAAACGAGUCCUACACCGAGGGGUCCAAAGUUCUCAUAUGUGGUCGUACCGGGCAGGGGAAAUGCAUGGCCCCCGAGACGAUGGUCAAGAUGUUUACGGGUGAAAUUAAGCGUCUGGACCAAGUCGUGGUUGGUGACCGGCUCUUGGGUCCCGAUGAGCGACCCAGGGUUGUUAAGACCCGCGUCACCGGUCGUGAACAAAUGUACACUGUAUACCAGGCCGACAGCGAUCCGUACGUGGUCACCGGCGACCAUAAGCUGGCACUCUUUGAUCACGGCGUCUCGAGGGUCAUUAUUGUGCCCGCGAUCCGGGUGUUUGACCUUCAGGGGAAUGGAAACGAUACACACGAACACACACUCUACCCAACCCAGACCUGGGACCUCGAUUACACCCAACUGGCCAUUAGCGACGCGGACCCCUGGUCGCGGUUUGGGCGGCUUGUUCGCCCGACUGUGAAUCAGGGGCUCCAGGACCCGGCCGAUUUCCUGAAGGACGCACUCUGGUCGGUGCGGUCGACGUUUUCAGACUGUGACAUAAAGAUGCGUGCGGCGUCCAUUUCCAACAUUGACCCCAGACAUCGGGCACUGGUCCUGGUCAUCCUGCGCCUCCACUGUCUGGCGUGCCGGGUUGGGGAUGACGGAUCCAUCUCGUACUUUAGAAUCCGCCGCAACUGCGUUGGCGGUAUUGUACACGUGACGCGCAAUGAAGCACUGGAGGAGGAUUAUGUGGGCAUCCAGGUUUCUGUGGAUGGACUGUUUUGCCUGUGUGACAACACGGUGACGCACAAUUCGACCAUUGCUAAAACUCUAUUGUACGAGAAGCGCGACAUGUUUGACUCGGCCUUCCUGUUUACAGGCAACCCGUCUACUGCAGUAAAAGACUGGUCGCCAAUCAUCCCGGAGGUGUAUCAUUAUGUCAACGAGGACGUGACACCCGAAGCCCUCAAUGACAUUGUCACACAUCAGCAGCGCGCAAAUAACACCAAGCGCAAGGACUACUUUGGCGGAGAGCGGCACUCCAAGAGCUUCAUGGCCAUGGUUAUGGACGAUCUCAGUGGCCGGCGUACAUUUUUCGACAAACUCUCGGGUGCAUUCAACUACUCUCGCCACUACUCCAUGUUUAUGGUUGUGUGUACACAACAGUACACAAACAUCUCACCCGAGGUCCGCAAGUCCGUCAAUGUAAUCAUUUCGACGGGUGCGGACUCGGUUUCGGAACGCGAGAGCCUGUAUCGGGAGUUUUUUGGGUUCAUACCCGACAAAAAGGUCUUUUACGAGAUUCUGGACUACACGGCGUCGCUACCGUACACGGCCUUGGUGGGCGACCGCGACGUUAAAAGUACAAAUUGGAGAGAUAAGAUCUUCUACUACCGAGCCAAGCCGGUCCCUGAUUCGUUCAAGUUGGGGUCGCACCAAUUCUGGAAGAUGCACUACCGCAUGUACAAUGUGAACCACGAUGCCCAGGACGAUCUUCCGGUGAUAUCCAACAUGACGGGGAUUUAG